UUCAGAGCCACAGAAAAUACAAUGUCAAACGUUGAAAAAUAAAAAUGAAUAGUCUAUAGAAUUGACAAUAAUGGCGAGCACGUCGAGAAUUGAAGCGAAUAAGGUGGUGUGUUAUGCUCAUCCCGAUGCGCCCCUUAUUGAGGAUUAUAGAGCUGGGGACAUGAUAUGCUCAGAAUGUGGGCUAGUCGUUGGCGACAGGGUAAUAGAUGUCGGUUCAGAAUGGCGUACAUUCAGUAAUGAGAAAUCCGGAGUAGACCCAUCUCGUGUGGGUGGACCAGAAAACCCUCUUUUAUCUGGAGGUGACCUGUCCACAAUAAUCGGCCCGGGACGAGGAGAUGCUUCAUUUGACAGUUUCGGAGUCUCCAAGUACCAGAACAGGAGAAACAUCAGUAGUACAGACAGAGCACUGAUAAAUGCAUUCAGAGAGAUCAAUACCAUGGCCGACCGCAUCAACCUACCAAAGACUAUUGUUGACAGAGCAAAUAACUUGUUCAAACAGGUACACGAUGGCAAAAACUUGAAAGGCCGGGCGAACGACGCCAUCGCUUCAGCGUGUCUUUACAUCGCGUGUCGGCAGGAGGGCGUGCCACGUACCUUCAAGGAAAUCUGCGCGGUCAGCAAAAUCAGCAAGAAAGAGAUUGGACGGUGUUUCAAACUAAUCCUGAAGGCUCUGGAAACAUCUGUGGAUCUGAUAACAACGGCAGAUUUCAUGUCUCGGUUCUGUUCGAACCUGGGACUGCCCAAUUCUGUACAGAGAGCUGCUACACAUAUAGCAAGAAAAGCUGGAGAGUUGGACAUCGUAUCAGGACGCAGUCCUAUUUCUGUUGCCGCUGCUGCUAUUUAUAUGGCGUCACAGGCGUCAGAAGACAAGCGCAGCCAGAAGGAGAUCGGCGACAUCGCGGGCGUGGCGGACGUCACGAUCCGCCAGUCCUACAAACUGAUGCACCCGUUCGCAGCCAAACUGUUCCCCGAAGAUUUCAAAUUCGCCACACCCAUCGAGUUCCUGCCAGUUAUGUGAAGUGUUCUGUGUUGUGUAUUGUGUCUGUGCAGUGUUGUGGUGCGCAAAAACUAUGUGGUGUAUGUUGGCUGACCUAAACAUGGAUUUGUUUGUUCAGUUCACUGAUUUUCUUCUCACAUGAAAAUAUGGUUGCCCUUGUCUUAUUAUUAAUAAUUGAGUCUAUUUAAUUCAAAAUACUAAAUUACACAAAAUUAUAACAAAUAUCAUCAUAUGGCAUUGUAUAUUUCGUAUGGAAGCAUUUUUUUAAAUGUGUCAUGAAGUCAAUGGAUGGAAUGAAGAACACAACUUUAAAAGGCCAUAUUUCGUCAAGUUAAAAAAAUAUAGGUGCAUACAUUUUAUAAUUUCUUAGACAUUAUAGUUAUAUAUAUAUAUAUCUAGCUACUUUGGCGUUUAUCAUCAUUAAUGUAUUGCCAGUAUUCAAAAUCUGGGAGGAUUUCAAAAUUGAUUUUCGGCUGAAGGUCUAUGACAAAAUCUAUGUAAUCUAUGUACAUAAAAAAAUAUUCUCCAUUAAGUAAUAAAGUUAUCAGUUGUGUAUCUCACUCUAACCAUUAUUUUGUUUCUUGAUUUUUAUUUUUUGAUUACUUUUCAAUGGUUUAUUUAAAAUAUCUAGAUUUAAGUAUUAACUUUGUGGGUAAUUUAAUGUAUCAUAGGUACAUGACUAGACUAUCAUAGUGUUAUUGUGAUUCAUAAUAAAGCCUUAUUUAUAUACAUGCAUACUGUCGUACACUUAAGUCUGAAUACUCCUGUAUAUUUUCAUAAGUUUGAUUUAACUGUGUGUACAGUUAAUGUGUAUAUAAAUUAGACGAAAGAACCGAAAGAACCGUUGUAAUUAUUUGUUAAUAAUAUGUAUGAUUAAUUUAGUAGUAUAUUUGAAGUUGAUUAUGCAUGUUUGUUGUUUUAAUGGUGAUUGAACAAUGAUUAUUUAAGAUAAAUGUUUAUAAAAUUUUUCGGGCUUCAUUGUUUUUAGGCGACGUUAGUAGCAUUUAGAAAUAAUGUUAAUGCCGGUGACCACUGUUUUUUUUGUCUAGUUUUGUAUCAUGGUUAUUAUUUUUUGUCUAUAUGGCAGAUAAAUACAGUGAAUAUAUAUUUUAUAUGAACUGAAGUAAAUAAGGACCAAUACAGCUACUAAAUUAAAUAUACAGCUUGAUAAAAAAAUAUAUUUUUAUUACACAGUAAGUAGGAUUAGGUACAAAAUCAGUCUAUGAUUUAUCUAUGUUGAAAUUACUAUUCUGUAAAACUACUAUUCUUUCAUUUUUACGAAUUUCUGUAGUAUUAUUAGUAGUAGUAUUAUAAUUACUGUAGAGAAAUGUAGUAAUUUAGUCAGGCUAUUUACUUAGUUCAUAAAACAUAUUCAUUUGCAGUCCCAAAAAGAUGAUAAUAAUCCUUAACCUUUUUCUGUCAAGCUGUAUAUCGGAAAUAAAAGGCUAUUAUUAAGCCUAGGUACAAAAUAUGUGAAAUCUUGUAUUAUAAAUACAAGAAUUGACAUAUUUUGUACCUAGGCCGUAAUCUUAUAUUUUCACAACAAAAUACAAUAAAAUACAGUUAAUACUAUGUUAAAUAGUCCGUUGAAUGAAUACAUUAACAAUUUAUGUGCGUAUUUAACCUCUGUUGUACUAUUGUCACAGAUCAUAUGACGCAACGACUGUAACUGUAUUAAGGUGUAUUAUUACCGAUGUAUGACUUAAUUAGGUUAGUGUGGAUGGAUAAUGCCACAAAAUAAAUGUAUCAUAAGUAAA